AUGGGUUUCACCAACAAGCCUUUGUUCCGCGCGUUCUUCUACUUCUACUGCCUCUUAGUUGUGGUCCAGCCGGACGUGUUGGUCCCGAAGGAAACCCGGGAUCGCGUGGAGUCUGGGCUAGAGCGCGCCCCGUCGCUGCAUCGAGCUAUUGUGUCGCACGCGCCCUUGUUGGGCAGGCAGCCUCGCCUGGACGCGGCGCUCAGGUCGCGCGCGUGUUUUGCGGUCAGCAUCUAUCGACGCAUUUUCCGUUCGGCGCCGGCGACUGAGGCUCGCUUGGCUGCGUGUUUGGCGUGCGAUUGCACGCUUCGAUACACGGGAACCGCCAAGUUCAUCGAGGAUACGGUGAUGCGGGAUCCAUGCGCUGCUCUUCGACAUCUCUGCGACGGCGUCACGCCGGACACGAGCGAGGCGGUUGCUGGUUUUCUCCGCGCAUCUGUCCUCAGCAAACUGCAUCUGAUGUCGUCUGUCACUGGGUGGUUCGACGGGCACGACGGCAGGCGGCGCACGUACCCGCGCAGCUUCGGUGUUCCGAUUGUUUGCAAUUUCCGGAUCAUGGACCACCUGUUGCACGCUCUGCCGGGAUGGAUAGCUUCCUGCUUCGCCAUCGCGGGCCAGCUGAGCAGUUUAAUCAGAGUCGCGAAGAUGGCGCGGGCUGGCGAGGACGACCCCGGGCUGGUGAAGCGAGCUUUCGCGGUGACGGAAGCGCUCAUGCUCAGUUUGCUUACGCUGGACUUACUGGGUCGCCCCACCGUGUCACCGUCGCUGCCGUUUGCGUCCAGGGUGCACUGCCACCCGCUGAAGUUCAUGCUCUCGGACAUAUUCUUGUUGGUCGGGUGCGCCGCGUGCAGCCGCGCGGGCAGGCCCGCCGAUGGCGGCGGUGACGGUCGCAUCAUGGGGGUGCCGCCAGAUGCGCUCGCGGACUACGAGUGGAGGUCGAGGUGCCGCGUGCUCGCGGAGGCCACGAUGGCGGUCGAGGCAGCGCUGAUGAACAACAUGUUCGGCUGGCUGUCGCGGCACGGCCUCUUUAGCGAGUAUGAGUCGCACGCGCCCCGCGCGCGGCGUCGCAUCCUCCUCGCCAUGGACUGGUCAAUCGUCGGCGACCGAGCCGGGGCGCUGCAGGCGAUCCGUUGGCGCGGCAAGUCGGGGAUGGCGGGGAACGCGGAGGACCGGGACACUAUGUGCGCGAUCUGCUGGUCAGACUUUGACGAGGCGCCUUGCGAGGCGUUGAUGUGCGGGCACGUUUUCCAUGCAGAGUGCUUGGCGCGAGACAUGGAGGCAAGGGGCGUUUCUAAACGGCUGCAGCGAUGCCCAAAAUGCAAGAUGACAGCAGACGCAGCAGAGAAGGCGCCAGUGGCAGGGGGCCACGGCGUCUUUGCGAUCCCGGACGCCCAGGGGGGGACGCGGGUGCUUCGUCGCCGAGCGCAGGCCAGGGCAUCCGGCAUCUGCGGCGCCGGCAGUUCCUCCGGCGACGCUGCGGGGGCUGCGACGGAUGGCCAGAACGGCAGCGCGCUUCCAGCAGCGGAGGCGGCGCCCGCCGCCGCCGCGGUUCCCCAGGACAUCGUGCCUGCGGAGGCGGCGCCCGCCGACGCCGCAGCGGUUCCCCGGGACAUCGUGCCCGCCGCGGGCGCCCCCAUGGACAUCGUGCCCGCUGCCAGUCAGGGCGGCGAGCUGGCUGGCAGCCAAGCCGGCGACGGCGAGCUGGCUGGCAGCCAAGCCGGCGACGGCCCGGUCAUGCUCGACCCCCUCCGCGGGCUUCAGUGGAGGAGCGCCGCGGCGAAACGACGGAAGAUUAUGAAGGAUGCCCCGGAGCUGGUGCAGCAGUGGAACGAGAGGAUUAGGGCCGCCGCGGGCGCGGGUGCGCUCAACGACGUCCUGUUCAGCAAAGAGACCUCCGCUGGCUUCGAGAACGCGGAGACCGCGGUGGCGACCAUCAAGAAGUGCCUGGAGUCCAUCGCCAAUGACACUAGGGAACCCCACGAACUUGCAGCUGACCUCGACUUUGACCAGCGGCCUGGGCACCCGCUAGUGUGGUACGACGUGGUGAAGCGCAUCUGCGACGCUCAGGGCUACCACCACGAGGGCUUCGCGCUCCUCCUCGAGUCCAACAUCGGCUUUUGCGAGCACAGCGAGACGUACCUGACCCACGAUUUGGGCUGCACCCACCGUGUCUCGCCGUCGCAGGCGUGUCUCGUGUCGCAGAGUGCCUCCAUGCGCAAGAGCCCCCAGCUCGAGUUGGCGGACAGCCUUAUCCUCGACGCCGAGAGCGCGCCACUGGAGUGGGCGGACCGCAAAGUGCUCAUGACGGACGGGACCAAGAAAGGCACCGAGUCCACCCUAGAGCAGUACAGGCGCGGGCUGCUCAGCAGUUCGGAGGGCGCCAAUACGAUCUACGUGGAGGGCUACUCGAGUAAGGAGGCCAGGAUUCACUUCUUCUUCAAGCAGCGCCUGUGCCAGUGGACGCAGGCCGAGUCCAUCUCGUCCCCGACGGGGCAUGGGCCGAUGGCGCUCGUGAAGGGCACGUACAAUUUCGGCUGCCGCAUCAUCACGCAGCCCGAGACAGCGGACUCGACCAUGCGCCCUGGGGCGCAGGGGUGGCACAAGCGCUUGUCCAUCGCGGCGGCGCCUCAGGAGUCGCGUCUUGCAGGGUGGGCGAACGGCUUCGCCGACACUGAGUGCCAGGACUUCCUCAAGGAGAACCGCAUCAACAAGUGGUGGAAGGCAAAGCUUUUGUUUUUCCGUUCUGACCUGCUCCGCUCCUCUCUGAGCACCAUGCGCAUCUUCCAGCACUGCGCGGGCGAGCAGGCGCCGCUGCGUAGCCAGAUCUCCUUCCUCGAACUGGCCGCGGCGCUGCAGCGCGUGCACCGGCAGUGGCAGCUUCACCACGGCGCCUACAUCUCCAUGUUGGCAAAGGACCCGUCCGUGGGCGGGAUGGCGCCUGCUCCGCUGGCGGGGCGCUUGCAGUUGUCUUUGGAGCAGACUUUGCAGGCCGCCCUCUUGCAGCACGCGCCUCGAGACGGGCGGAUCACGCACACGGCUUUCCGCUUGGCAGUCCGCGGCAAGCGCGGGCCAGCGUUCAGGGGCGCGACGGGCCAGCCGGGCGUGGGCCCGCUGAUGCCGCGCAUCAAGGUGGCUGUGGCGGCCCUGGUUGCGGGCGGGGUGCUCGAAGAGGCGCCCGGCGCGGACCAGGGCUUCGUGAAGGUGGGCUAUCUCAAGCAGUCCGAGAAGCAAGCGGCCUUUCGCCGCAGCCUCGGCGUCUCGGUAGAGGCGAUCCACGCGCCCGCGCGUUUCUGCUGCGUCUGCGGGGCCCCUUCGCUCGACCAUGGCCCGAUAGGUGGGCCCGCCCGCGAGCCAAGCCGCUCGGCCGAAGGGGGGCCGAGAGCACCGGCGCACCCGCGCAAGGCGUGGGCGCCUCGGGCGGCCCUGCCAGAGCUCGGUCCGCGCGACGCAGCGGCGCUGGACGCUGCGCUGGCCCAGCGGGACUCCGCCCGCUCAGGCGUUGGCGCACGGGCAGACAAGCGGGCGCGCCUGGCGUUGCGCUUUCGCGCGGGGCGCACGCGGGGCACGCUGGCCCGACUGCUCCAGUGUGGACUUGUUAGCGGCGACGGCGGCCCGGCUGAGACGCUGGCCCCGCGGGCAGGGCUCGCUGGCAAACUUCGAGGCGAGGAGGUGGUCGUCCUCGACGCCUUCGUGUGCCGCGGCCGCCUUCGGUGCGACGUGGCCCCCGUAGUCCAAGGCUCUGGGGCGGGCGCCGCUGGCGGCGCGCACGUGCUCAGGACGAGUUUGCGGCGUGGUUUGACCACGCGUGCCGGUUCUGAUCUCACGGACGUGCAGCAUCGGUGGCGCUGCCGGUCGAUCGUCCGCGGUGUUCCAUGGAUGGCGCGCGUGCCCGAGGGCGUGUCGGAUGGCGGGCGCGCAGCAUCGGUGGCUCCGCGCGCUCUCGUGGAAGACGCGCAGAUGUUGCAGUCUUUCCGCCACGCCCUCGCCGGCAUGAACGUCGCGGCGCCCGCGUGCCAGCGGCCCGCGGCGCCAGUCCUCGUGAUCCCGAAGGCCGCCGACGAUCACGCCCGGCAAUUCCGGCACUGGGUCGCGCGUCAGCAGGGGGGGCCGCGCUGCAGCCGAGCGGGGAAUGCAGGCGCGGGAGCUACGUUUGGGACUUCCCGUGGCCAGUGCAGCUGGACCGUCAGAGGUGGGUAUGCUUCACGUGCAUGGGCUGUCCACGAACAUGGGCAUUGCCCGCAGGCGUCGUACGGCGGGCGCGGCGACGACGUCGGGCAUCGCUGUUACUUCCCAGUCGCCGACGAGGACGUGGUGCGCGUCGUCCCUGACGCGAUCGUCAUCCGCGGCAACGCGGCGGAGGGCGGGCAGAAGGAGGGCCGCUGUUACGUGACUGGGAGGUUCCUGGCAAGAUUCCUCUUCUGCCUGAAUGACACGCUGAACUUCCGCGAGUGCCGUCGGCAGCUGCUCGGGGAGUACGUCGCCGUCGCGCGCGGCGCGGAGGCGGGCUUGAGCGACGCCGGCGCGCGGGCAGUCCUCUUCAACAUCGCUUUCGCCCUCCCCAAGCGCAAGAUGUUGGGCAUGAUCGCCCCGCGCGCCUUCUCCGCCCCGAUUUCGCGGAGAGUGUCUGAGAUGCGGCGCCUGCAGAGUCUCUACAACGGUUCCGGGCUGCGCGUGGACGGCAACUUCAAGCUGGCGAAGAAGAUUUGGAGAGGUGCCGGCAAGUCCCGCCAGAAGCCCUUCAGUUGCGUGCUCGGCAUCUGCGGGACGGACGGAUCGCCCCUGCUGCCUGUCGCCCCCGCCCGCGGGGAGGCCUGGAUGGACAUCAAGCGCGUGCUGCAGCCUCUGCUCGCGGACAUCGUCUCUGCUCGCCAGGCCGCCGGCAUGUCCUUGGAGGACGCGUGCCCUGCGUUCGUCAGCACCGACUCCUACAACAAGCACUUCAAGAAGUACGCCGACGUGGUGAAUGAGGCGUGCCAGCUUGCCCGGGUGCGGACGGCUGGCGCCACUCCGCGCGGCCCACUCGCCGCGCGCUGCAUAGUCGCGCCUUCCGUCGGCGUGCUCGUGGCAGGCGAGCCGUUCCACGACGUCCUCAACGCGAGGAACCGCAAGGCGCGCCUCCCGUGCCGGCGCUUGGAGAGCGCGGGCGCGACCUCCUGCGGACUGCUGUGGCUCAGUCUGCCGCGUCCUUCCAGGAAGCGCUCGCGCAGAUGCGUCUUCAAUUCGAAGCUGCGGCGGCAUUACAGCCGCCUUCUCAAGUCGCGACGCUUGAGCGGCUUGCUUGCGUGGCAAGAGUGCGCCGAAGGCUUGCGGGCCGCCGGCGUGGGCCCUCGAUCCGGCACCGUCCCAGUCGAACAGUCUUGGGCCAUCACUGCUUCGUACUGGCCAUCCGAGACUAAGACUGCAGGAGAGAAAGUUUUCAAGUUUUUUGCAGACUUGUCAUUCCUGCGGUUUUUGUACAUGCACUUCCACAGUUCGGCGUUGCCCGCGUGGGUCGACGAUGGCGUCAUGUAUUUCCAGCAGAGCGAACGCGCCCGUCUCAUGCUCGAGCCCGAGACAAAGCUGCGGCUGGAGCAAGAGUUGGCGGACGCCGCUCGCCAGAGUUCGCAGUGA